ACUGUCUCGAAGUACGUUCAGUGUUUGUGAGUAAGGUGCGAAGUCGUAGUGCGAAUUCUGUUAACCUGCAGUCCACGCGGACAGUGUCUCAGGAGCUGCGAUGGAGGCAAUCAAAACUGAGUUCAUCCUCUCGCCGAAUCCUGGGGAAAUUAUUGAACCUCCCUCUGCUACAAGUCUUCAGAAAUGUAGCGUGUGCCUGAAAAACGGCCAGUGCUUAAAAGCAUCGGAAGUUAAGACGAAUGGGAGACACAUUACAGACGUAAUCAGCCAACAUCUUGGUAUAAAACUACCGGAACUUGAGCUGACAACAAUUUGCCAGCGAUGCUGGAUGCUGCUGGCGGAGUUUGAUGAAUUCUUUAACAUGGUGAAUGAAGCGCACCGAGUUUUAUUGGAAACAAAUAUUGCGAACGUUCAACGGCGACCUUCGUUGAAUGAUGUUGGCGCGGAAAACGUUUGUGUAAUGGAGUUUGUUGCCAUCAAACAAGAGCCAUUGGACGAUGAACAACUCGAGAGCAAACACCUAGAGAUAACACUGGAGAAUGAAAUAAUGGUCGAUAUAUCUCACCGCAUAACAACGGAAACAACCGUAAAAAACGAAGAACAUAUUUCGGACACAGAUAAUAAGAAAAGAUUGCGCAAUAAUAGUAAAAUUCCGACGAAAAACGUCCAAAAACACAACUCCAAACUAACAACAUCCGACAAAAGUAACAAAAAUAAAUACUUGAAUAGUAAAAAACUGGACACCAACACAUGUCGCACUAGUAAAUCAAAAGUGGAUGAAGAGAUUCUUGACUUUUACAAACGCUUGGUGUGCGAUAUUUGUGAUUUGGCAAAAAUGGCCAGUAGAGAGCCAUCGGUCGAGUACGUAAACCUGAGGGAGUUGAAGCGACACAUGCUACAAAUCCACGAUAUAAAAGAGCUUAUAAUAACCUGCCCAGUGUGCAACAAGAAAUUACGAUCGCGUACAAAACUCGUGGAACACAAAGAAAUGCACCUGAAUCCGGAUCGGUUCCGGUGUGAGGUGUGUGCCGAAGUACAUCAGAAUAUGAAGGAACACAUGCAAAACAAGCACAAGGAGCGCACUUUUUGCUGUGAGGAAUGUGGCAAGCGAUUUCCGUUCCAAACCCGAUUGAAUGCACAUAUUCGUAAAUUGCACACCACAAAGGACGUGCCCUGCGAUCAAUGUGAUAAGGCGUUCAGCAAAUACACAAUCGAAGAUCAUAAGCGCGCAGUACAUGGUGCUGGCUUCAUUUGUGAGCACUGUCCGAAAACAUUUAAAAGUCGCCCUCAGUUGGAUUGCCACAUGGGCGAACACAUCAAUAAUCCGCCACCAUCAUCAAAUCGACCAAAGGUACCUUGCAACAUUUGCGGCCUAGUCGUGGGGAAUAAGUAUAUUCUACGAACGCACAUCAAACUGAUUCAUACGCAACAGACCCCAGCAAGCUGUGAAUCCUGCGGAAAGCAAUUUAAAUCCAAAAGAUAUUUAAGUUCGCAUCUUCGAAACGUUUGCACCGAUCGCAGCUUUCCGUGCACGAUCUGCGGGAAAUCAUUUAAGAAAAAGAAGAAGUUAACUGAACACAUGACGACGCACACGAAUAGCCCACUGUAUCAAUGCCAGUUCUGUCCGAAAACAUUUCGCUUUGAUACGUUGUUGUAUACGCACCGCAAGCGGGUUCACCAUGAGCAGUGGCUUGAAAUACAACGGAAACGCAAAGAAGGAAUACGAAUCAGUUCAAAUCGUGUUCCAAACUAAUUGAAUCGUUGGUCAACAGUAUUACAGAUCUGCUUAGAUUCGAAAUCACGAAUACUCGAAAUAAAAUCCCGAUUUUUUUUUGUGUGUCCACCGUUUUUCUGUCAGAUAUCAGGU